AUGAAGUCCAGAUCAUAUCCUGAGAGCAUUGCGAGGCCACCAAGUACUGGUCCGCCACAGGCGCAAUUGCAGGCCUGCAAUUAUUGCCGCACCAAAAAAGUGAGAUGUGAAGGUGGCCGACCCUGUACACAAUGCCUCACUCACUACGAAGAGUGCGUCUUUGCCACGUCGCGUCGCGCCCGCCGGAAACGAGAGCGCAACACUGGCAGCACCACAGCGCAACGCCUUCUUAGACUCGAAUCGUUGCUCUCCGGUGGUCCUGAUCCUGUUCAUGAUGCCGCGCAGAGUAUACGGGGCCACUCGUCAUUUUCAACCAACCCGGCACACGAAAGCGCCUCAAACCAUUCCCCUUGCAUGGACGUCGCCUCGACGCCCGCCAGUAUAUCUCAUCGAUCAGCUUCUUUGUCGAUGAUGCCAGACAACCACCAGCACUUGUAUGGAAUUGGAUUAAGCGAUCAGAACUCUCACCCCAUGCCGAUUGAACAUCUGGGAGAAAAGCAGGCUUUGAACGCCGAAGCCAGUCCUCUUCAGUCGAAACUACCACAGGAUGUCCCGGUAGGUUUUCCUGGGGCACUCCCGACCCCAGCAAAGUCGUCGCUGGAGCCGCCGUACGUUGAUAUCCCGAGAGAUCAUUCACGAGAACUUCCGAUAUCAGAUGAGGUGAAUACAGAAGAGGAUUCUAGCCUUCCUUCGCAUGAGAGUUCAAAUUGGGAGUAUAACGGACCGAGGUCAAUGAUGUCCAUCUGCUCACCGCCCGCGAUCGCGUGGGUGACGAGUCGGGUACAAGCACCGGGGAUCCGAGAUUCUAUUCGCAGUUUCACCCGAAAGAUAACGAUGCGGAUGAAGCUCCAAUCGCACGAGUCUAUGACUUUGUGGCAACGUUCACCGGAACCUUCUAUGGACCUUGCCCGUUGCUAUACUGAAGCAUUCUUUCAACAUUCAGUCGAAGCAUUGAUUGGCAUUUUCGAUCGUUCAUGGUUCGAAGGGAAGCUGCAGCAUCACUUCGCGCACCCUCCAGCCGACAAUGAUUCGUCGUGGUAUGCUUUACGGAAUACAGUCUAUGCUUUCGGUUGCCGGAUUCAUUUGAACAAAACGCGCUCGUACACUGAAGCUGUCGAGUCGUCCUUGGUGUUUUUCAAAAACGCCUUGUUGGUCGAGCUUGACCUGUUGCAUCAGCAUUCUUCUAAAAUGAGUGUGCAGGCCCUGACGUUGAUGGCAUAUUUCACAGAAGGAAUUGGCAGUCCUCAUCUGGAGUUCACCCUUUGCUCGAGUGCAAUAAGCUUGGCUGUUUCGAAAGGCCUUCAUCGGCAGCCUGCCGCUCACUGGGGUCUUUCCCAAAGGGAAAUCCGACAACAAAACGGGCUAUUCUGGAAUUUAUACUGUUUGGAUGCUCAGAUAUCUCUUCGCUCCGGGCGACCGCCGUCCAUUGAUGAUAAUGACAUCAGCUGCCGUGCACUUCAGCAUGAUGGAGACAGCGAUGUUAUUUUUUCCUCUAUCUGCAUCAGACUCGCUCAGAUAUCCCGCCGGGUCUACAGGCGACUUUCUAGCGCCAGGGCUCUGCAACAAUCGACAAAAGAACUUGUUCGGGCGGUAAGCGAACUGGACAAUGAACUUGAUCAGUAUCAGAGGUCCAUCAGUUCGUUGGUGUCUUUGGAACAAGCUCUGGAUCCACUUGCCGUUUCGACAGUCUUACCAGUGAAUUUGGUGAUUUUGUUAAAGUAUCUAUACUACAGCAUUUUAUUCGCCAUCCAUACCCCUCUGGUGCUUCCUUGGCUCAACCAAAACAAGCUCGAUCGACCUGAAGAUUUCGAACAGCAGGUGGAGUAUUCAUGCCAGACAGUGGCAAAGGCGGCGAGAGCAGCAAUCCUAAACACCAGAUUCAUCCACCUGGAUGCUAGCACUCCAGUUUUACUGGCUAUCUUUGUUCCCAACAGCAGCAUACUUGCACUAUUUCUUCACAUUUUGAAAAACCCUUGUGCACCGUCAGUCCAAUCAGACAUAGUACUGAUGGACAUCGCAUCAGGUUUCCUCUCUCGGUUGUUGCUAGCCACUGACUGCACCCUCUCCCUGUCUUUCAUCACGGAGCUUCCACAACAUGCUCGUGCGGCUCAAAGGGCUGCCGAAGAAUCUGCUGUGGGGGGGACAAAUCACGACAUUGUCCACACUGCCAUGAGAGACACAGCAGACAACACUGAAGAGGGAUCCACGAAUCUUGGACUAAACCCAGGCCUCGAUAGUCGUCCAGAUGCCAACUUGGAGAACCUAGACUUUGAACUCGAUAUCGACGGCUGGAAUACACUACUACCAUUUAGUGAUAUGCAGGAGUAUUUCUGGCUAGAAUAG